AUGGUAGACCCAACCCCGGCGAACGCCGGCCCACUCGAAGCAGACAAUGCGGACGAGACCGCUGCCAACGACGACGCGGAUUCCACCAUGGGAGCUUCUGUGCUCGAAUCAUCUGCGUCCAUGACAAGCACCAUAAUGAGAUACCGGGAGGAAAAUGGUAGAACAUAUCACGCAUUCCGAGAAGGGAGAUACGUUCUACCAAAUGACGCCCUAUUCGUUUCCCCGGCUGGUAGCGACAAGCCACUGCGCCGAGUCCUGGAUGCUGGAACCGGAACUGGCAUAUGGGCUAUAGACCUCGCCGAUGAGUAUCCAGAGGCAUUGAUCACCGGCGUAGAUCUCAGCCCAAUACAACCAGCAUUCGUCCCGCCAAACGUCACAUUCUACAUCGAUGACGUAGAGGACGAUUGGACAUACUCCUAUAAAUUCGACCUCAUCUUUGGUCGGAUGCUCACCGGCUCGAUUGCAGACUGGCCGAGGUUCAUCCAGCAAAGCUACGAAUUCUUAGAGCCGGGAGGAUGGAUCGAGUUGUCCGAUAUCCUUCUCGAUUUGCGAAGCGACGACGGGACCGUCGGCCCGGACUGUGCGGCCCAAACGUGGGCGAGGCAUAUGCUCGAGGCCGCGGCGAUAUGGAAGCGACCGCUGGACAGCUGCAAGUUCUACAAGGAGCAGCUGGCAGAGGCGGGCUUCGUCAACGUUACGGAAAAGAUCUACAAGUGGCCCACAAACACGUGGCCGAGGGACCCCAGGUUUAAAGAAUUGGGCAUGUGGACGUACGAGGACCUGGGGCAAGGGUUAUCAGGCCUGAGCCUGGCCUUGUUCACCAGAGCCUUGGGGUGGUCGAAAGAACAGCUAGAGGUCUUCCUGGUUGACGUCAGGAAGGACAUGAAAGACAGGUCAAUUCACGGUUGGUGGCCGGUGUAA